AUGGCAAAAAAAACUCGUAUUUGUGGAUAUUCUACGGAUAAAAUCUGCUACGUGUAUUUAGUACCAACGAAUAAGAGGUACCUGCGGAUAACGGGUAGCAAAUAUUUUAAUAUCCGCUUGUUAACGGGUCAAGUUCGGGUAUCAUACUAUCCGUACCCGCAGGUUUUCUUUUCUGUUCAAUUUGCUAAAAUAGGGCCAAACCCCAAAUCCCUUUCUAGGGUUUCUUCUUCAAAUGGAGGAAUUUACGUUUUUCUCCUCCUCAUCUUCAUCGUUCCUCUUGCGGCUGCACAAUCUACAAACAAUAACCAAAACGAAUCGUAUUACAACCGCUUCAGCCCUUCCAUGGUUAUCAUAAUCGUCAUCCUCAUUGUCGUCGUCUUCCUCAUGGGCUUCUUCUCCAUCUACAUCCGCCAUUGCACCCACUUCCCCUUCGCAAGCAUCCGCAACCUCACCAAAUCCACCUCCCGCCCGCGCCGUGGCCUCGACCAGGCGGUCAUGGACACUUUCCCCAUGCUGGAGUACUCUGUGGUGAACAUCCACAAGCUUGGAAAGGGAACGUUGGAGUGCACGAUUUGCUUAAACAAGUUUGAGGACACCGAAACGAUGCAUUUGAUCCACAAGUGCGAUCACGUGUUUCACACGGAGUGCAUCGACGAGGCGUGCACGACAGUGACAACUGAGUCUACGAUGAGGCGGCAGAGGUGGUAG